AUGACAAGAACCUUCACCAUAGUGAUUAAGCUGGGGUCUUCUUCUCUCGUGGAUGAGAGGACCAAAGAGCCCAGAUUGGCAAUUAUGUCGCUGAUUGUUGAGACGGUGGUCAAACUUCGCAGAAUGGGUCAUAAAGUGAUAAUAGUGUCGAGUGGAGGCAUUGCAGUAGGUCUUAAGACGCUUAACAUGGACAAACGUCCCAAACAUUUAUCCCAAAUUCAGGCGAUAGCUGCCGUGGGGCAAGGCCGUUUGAUUGGAAGAUGGGAUUCUCUUUUUUCGCAAUUUGGGCAAAGAAUUGCACAGAUUUUGAUCACUAGAAAUGAUAUUCGGGAUUGGACUCAAUACAAAAACGCGCAGAAUACGAUUUACGAACUCUUGCAGAUGGGGGUAGUGCCCAUUGUGAAUGAAAACGAUACUCUUUCCGUGAGUGAGAUUAAAUUUGGUGAUAACGAUACAUUAUCGGCGAUAACCGCUGCGAUGUGUGGUGCAAACUACUUGUUUCUUCUCACUGACGUGGAUUGCUUGUACACGGACAACCCCAGAACAAAUCCUGAUGCGAAACCGAUUCUCAUUGUUCCAAGUCUUGCCAAUGGGUUCCCUAGUGUCAAAACUUCUAGUGGUUCCGGUUCAGACGUCGGAACAGGUGGUAUGACUACAAAAUUGAUAGCGGCGGAGCUUGCGACCAACGCAGGCGUGAACACAAUAAUUAUGAAAAGCACACAGCCAGGCAAUAUUUAUAAAGUAGUGUCUUACAUGCAAAGCCAAGACGCGGACGAACCCAACGACGCCCUUGAUUCUGACGAAUUACAAGAACAAGAGCUUCGGAAGUUGGAAGCGGCAGAUGUUCCACUGCAUACACGAUUUGUGGCCAAUGAAAAUCAAGACCAUUUGAAAAGUCGCGAGUUUUGGAUGCUUCAUGGCCUUUUAAGCAAGGGCUCUAUUGUCAUUGACACUGGUGCAUAUGCUGCGUUGACCCGAAAGGACAAGGCAGGGUUGUUGCCUGCUGGAGUUAUAGAUAUCGAGGGUCAUUUUCAUGAGAAUGAAUGCGUUGAUCUCAAAGUUGGCCAAAGACUCGCGGAUGGAGCGCUGGAUCCAGAUGCCGUUCUACAGACCGUCGGUAGAGCACGUUGUAAUUACAACAGCAUUGAGAUCAAUAAGAUCAAGGGACUCCAAAGUGGCGAAAUCGAGAACGCUUUGGGUUACGCUGAUAGCGAAUACGUUGCGCAUAGAGAAAACCUUGCAUUCCCACCGCAUCAGUAA